CUACACUAUACUCACCGCUAAACGAACCCGCCGCUAUGAUCUCGACAUCAAAUGACGCCAAGAACGGAACGAGCUGCCGCUAAGAGCUGCCGUUACAAGCUGUGCAAAGAUGUGUCUCUUUGUUCCAUAGAUAUAUCAACAAGGUUGUAUCCGAGCACAGAUAGUUGUUUUGCCCGAUAUACCUUGCUGCUCCUCUACUUCAUCUAAACCGCAACCACUAGGUUCAACACCUAUCGAUGCGAUUACUGAGUGUUUCACAGUCUGGCACGUGUGCAUCUUGGUCGACAGAUCUGAUCCACAUCACGCAUCUGCGCCAAGAUACAGACCAGAUCAUCGGCCUCCAAGCUUAAAUCUUUGGGUUCCCUUGCUAUAGCAUCUUACACGCUAUACCAUGACCGACUUGUCCCCUCUAACGGGCGAACCGAAGGUCCAUAGGCAGAUACGCCAGUCCUGCGACCGCUGCCACAGCCAAAAGGUCCGCUGUACUCGUUCAGACAACUGUAAGACAGGCGACUGCGACCGUUGUCUUCGCAAGGGCUCGCAGUGCGUCUACAGCUCGUCUCUACCCAAAGGUCGUCCUUCACUCUACCGGUUACCUGUCAUGCCCUCAACGGCUUCAUCCGAUACCUCCAUACAACCAUACCCCCGCGACCAGCAGCUCCCGGACUCGUUGGAAAGCCCUCCUGUCGUUUUCCUUGGCGAGGCUGACGCCGAAAGUACUAUCGAUAUCGAAAUGGGCACGUAUGACGAUACCUUUGAUACCAUGUGCCCAGUAGGCAACAUUGCCGAUUUCUACGCCAAUUGGUGGGAGCAAGAUCAUUUGAGCGACAAUAUACCAUCAAGCACGGCUCGCGUGCCCUUUCACCUCGAUCCAGCUCUAGAGACUUUGCUGCCUCCAUCUAGUCAGAGUAGCUCAGGGAAUCAUCGAUCUAGCCUCUCAAGUGGCGUCUCAACAGGGACAAGUAGCGCCACCAGCGUUGGGGGCUCUAAGCUCCUCGACUGCAACCGAAGCCGUCAAAGCAGCAAAAGCAGUCGAAGCAGCCGUACAGAUAAAAUUAGUUGCGACAAUCUUAUGGCUAAUCUAUCAGAGUUAAGCAUACGCUCGUCACAGCUGCUAUGCUUUUCGCGUACGUUUCUCGUCGAGGCUCUCGAUCCGUCGCAUUCAGCCAAGAGCCAGAACCCUUCUAUACGAGUACAGCAGAGCAUUGCAGUAGUAUUCAAGUCUAUAAACUCAUGGUUGAUUCAUGGAUCUGCCAAGACAGAUAUUACGGAUAGCACAUCGCGCCUCAACUUGUGCGCUGCAAACUCUCCCGAGCUGCUACAGCACAUCUUCUCAGCCUCUAAUCACUUGAUAGAGAUACUUUGUCAAUUACGUUCUACCGCAGAACAGGAGUCUACGUCAAUUUCUGUCACUGGAGCCUUUCCUAGCUCUAGACUUGGCCAAGCUGGAUCACGCGCCAAUAGGUCCGAGACAACUACGCCGAAUGUUGCCCAGGACUAUUCCAUCGUCCUCCACCUUGCUCUUGUUUGCGCGACAUUACUAUUGAAUAAGUACAUGGCAGUUCUAACAGCAUUUCAACGCAGUGCGUAUAUUCUUCACGCCGCUCUACCUGGUGGUGCGUCAGAGAGCAUUGUUGAGCCCAAAGAGCACAUGGAUGCCGCUUCGCGAGCGCAUAUGCAGCUGGUAUCUGUGGUGCAGCUGUGCUCAUACUACAUUGGCCGUCAGAAUCAAGCAUUGGGAGCCAUGAUGGCAAUCUGCAGGGACAACGACUCGCAUCGUACGCCAAUGUCGCAAGAGGAUGAUCCCUGGCAGUCAGUCUCCUUUAGUGCUAUACGCGAGCUGAAGUCAGAGGUGGAGCAACAUUUGAAACAGCUUCAGCAGUGUUUGCAAAUACCGUUUUAAUAAUCUGCGUUUGGAUUUUGGAUUCGUUUAGUUUAGUUUAGUUUUACUUUUGGUUGCUUGCGUAUCGCUAUAGAAUAGAGGGUGCUGAAAAGCCAAUAGAAUUACGACGAUUACUUACGACGGAAGGGAAUCCACGAAAAGCUUAAUGCCCAUAGUUAAGAUAGCCCUUCUUAUUAUUAUUUUUGGGUGUAUUCUAGUAAACAAUUGUCGCCGCCGUCCAGGGCCGGAAACAUCACGAACAGAAAACGGAGCGUAGCGUACUCAAGCUUCACACCCUGCUGCAGGCCAUUAUUGCGCCAUCGAGUGUUCUAUGCGUGUUGUGAUGGGUAACUGCACGACAGUUUUAGCUUACUUUUCGUAGCGAUGGCGUUAUGCGAGGGCGCUAUGCGAGGGCGCUAUGCGAGGGCGCUAUGCGAGGGCGCUUUUAUCAUUCCCUG